AUGACGAGCAUUGACGACUUGUUCAAGAAGCCGUUCCUUCCCUCAGCCAACGGCGGUACGAAACGCAAAUUCGAGGAUCAAGAUGCAGAAGCGGCAUACAAGUCAGCCAAACUAGACGCGAGUGUCCAAGAUGCGCCGGAGGACGAGGACGAAGACAUGGAGGCCGGACCCGAGCUACCGCCAGACGAAGAUGAGGAUGAAGAAGGUCGCUUCUUCGGCGGUGGCACAAAUCAGCACACCAACGCCGCACUGGACUUUGUGGAUCGAGCAGACGACGGCGCAGACAUCAAGGCAGAGAAGAUAGAUUCGGCAUGGGUGCGCCGAUUAGGCUUGAGUUUCGAGAAGAAGAUCAGCAAGAACAGCGAAUUGCGUGCCAAAUACGAGAGCGAUCCCUCAAAAUUCGUGGCCAGUGAGGCCGACCUGGACGCCGAGAUCAAGAGCCUGAGCAUUCUGUCAGAACAUCCGGAGCUGUACAAGGAGUUUGCAAAGAUUGGCUGCUCAGCGAGCUUGGUCUCGCUACUGUCACAUGAGAACACGGAUAUCGCCAUCGAUGCCAUCGAGAUCAUCUCGGAGCUGCUGGAUGACGAUGUUGAAGCAGAGCAAGUGCAGUGGGACGCUUUGGUGUCAGCCAUGCUCGAAGCCGACCUCAUUGAUCUCCUCCUCGCAAACCUCGACCGACUGGACGAGAACGUCGAAGCCGACCGAAGCGGCGUCUACCACUCCCUCUCCGUCCUCGAGGCCCUUUCCUCAAACUCCACCACCGCAGACACCAUCGCCCAAGAGCCCAUCCUCAAAUACCUCCUUAAGCGCAUCUCAGCCUCCGAAAAGUCCGUUUCACAGAACAAACAAUACGCCGCCGAAGUCCUACAAGUCCUCUCACAAGCCUCCACAACCGUCCGCGAUCGAUUAAUCCCUCUCGACGCCAUCGACAAGAUCCUACAACUGCUAGCCGCAUACCGCAAACGAGACCCUGAACGAGACUCAACAGAAGAAGAAUAUGCCGAAGACCUCUUUGACACUUUGACCUGCCUCUCAUAUCCAUCCUCUGGCAAGACUGCCUUCCUUGCUGCAGAAGGUGUAGAGCUUAUGCUCCUCAUGCUGAAAGAAGCCAAGUUCUCAAAGCCUCGCGCUUUGAAGGUACUAGAUCAUGCCAUGUCAGGAUCCUCAGGUCAACUUGUAGCGGAGAAGUUUGUGGAUGCAGCAGGUUUGAAACCACUCUUUUCGACAUUUAUGAAGAAGAAUUUGGAAGCUGCAAGUACGGAACACGUCCUCGGUAUCUUCUCCGCCUUACUACGACUGUUACCGGGCGAGUCGUCUCAUCGCAUUCGACUACUCGCAAAGUUUGUGGAGAAGGAGUAUGAGAAGCUCGAUAAGCUGGUCAAGCUACGACACGAAUAUGCAGCAAAGGCGAGGAACACAGAAGACAUUGACGCCGGAGCUGCUCUGUACUGUCUCAACACGCUGGACGUGGUUCUAAGUUGGCUCGUCGCUGAAGAUGGCGGUGCAAGGAACAAUAUCAUUGAAGGUCUAGCAGACAGAGAUGAAGGCCUAGACACCCUCAAGAAGAGCUUACAGGAGCAACUCGAAGGCAUCGAUGCAGAGGAAGAAGGCAACAUGGGUGAAAUGCUCACAGCACUCAUCGAGUGCCUAUAA